GGAAAAAAAAAGUAAUGGUACAUUGGUACUAGUCAUCGUAUAGUGAAAUCACCAGACAAGAAAAAUAGUGGAUUUGAAAAUGUUACUUUCGGCAAACGUGGAAAACCGUAUGUACCGUAUUUAACCACCGUAAUUGAAUACGAAGGGGGCGUGGGGUCAGCAGAGAGUCCAAUAAGGAGCAUCCACCACCACAUAGUUUUGAUGAGCCCCAAACAACACUAGUCUCUGGUGGUCGAAUGUCGUCGUCCGCUGCCGUCUUCUCCGUCACCACCUCAUCCGCCGUCCAACCCCGCACAACUAGACAACAUCUCAUCACAUCCAGACUCUCACUACCAUCCCCUUCAUCUUCGCAGUUCAUCAGACAACAACGCCCGAUUCCUCGGUCAAUCAAUCAUGGCCGUAACCGUAACAACAGUAACACCACAACGACUUUUAAACCUCGACGAUCUACUGUCCUCAUGGAAUGGCAGGACUGCACGGUAAAAAUGGAAAUUGAUGUGCCAAUUUCGGUGGCCUAUAAUUGUUAUCUUGACAGAGAAGCAAUUCCUCGAUGGAUGCCUUUUAUUUCAACUGUUAAGGUAUUAGAAGACAAACCCGAAUUAUCACGGUGGUCUCUCAAGUAUAAAGCAUUUGGGCGUGAUCUUGAAUUCUCUUGGCUUGCUCGCAAUAUGCAGCCAAUCCCAAAUCAAAAAAUCCACUGGAGAUCCUUAGAAGGUCUUCCCAACAGAGGAGCCGUACGGUUUUUUCCUAAAGGUUCUUCGUCAUGUUUGGUUGAACUUACGGUUUCAUAUGAAGUACCUCAAUUACUGUCCCCUGUGGCAUCUGCGUUACAACCUUUCCUUCAAAACUUGUUGGGGCGUGGCUUGGCAAGAUUUGCAAAUUUUGCAAAAACAUACCAAACGGAUGCGGCCUGAGUUCUCACAUAUUAUUUUGUCGACUUGUCCAUAUAUUGGGCUGAAAUUUAAAACAGGAACAUGAAAUGUUAUUCGCGUUACGUACAUACAACAAAAAAAAUCCCUCUUCCAUUUAUCUACAAUCAUACACAAAAUUUGAAAAUGUUUAUUUAUUGAGCAAA